CCUUCCUUUACUAUCUCUGUACUGUACGGUGCCGUUUUAUUUACAGUUCACCUCCGUUUCAGUCUCCCUAUAUUCACCGCUGAAUAUUAACCAUCCUACGAGAAAGGAAAGUUACUGCAUCCAGAUUCCAGAGUCCGCUCCAAAUUUCCAAUUCAUCUCUCCUUUUUUUUCACCUUCCUCUGCCUCCCGUGACUCGUAACAGCAAUGGCCCAAAGAAGAGAAACCGUGCCCUCCGCCGAAUUUCAUUCUGCUCCCCCCACCACCUUCGUCAUGUGACAACCCUGACACACACCCAUGUCCCAUCCCUUCUCUCUCUCUCUCUCUCUCUAGACUUUCAUCUUCUCCAUCUUCAUCUUCAUCUUCAUCUUCGUUAUCACCUUCUUCAUUUACCCUUCUCAUUGAUUACCCUUCUUUAAUAUUCUUCUUUCGGGUUUUCCUUUGAAACGAAGCAUCAGGGCGGGACUCCACCCAAAUUCAAGAAUCGAGAAAACAAUUGAAGCAAAGGGUCGGAGAGGGAGAGAGAGAGAGAGACAGCAAGAACAGAGCAAGGGAAGGAGCGGAAUAGCGCAUCAUUGAUCCGAUCCAAAAAAAAAAUCAUUUCUUUUUGACAAAGAUCCAAUUUUUUCUUCUUCAAGUAGGUGAAAAUAACGAAGUACCACCUAAUAACCUCUUCAUUUUCCCUUAAUCUCUACUCCAUAGACGACCUCCCAACCGCAGGAGGGAAGCCUACAUCCCAACUGCUCUGCCUUUCUCCCCUGUUUCGUCGUCGCAUGAGCUUCGGUUUAAAAUGAGCCAUGGCGGAGCAGCUCAAACGACCCAACACCGUCACCAGCAGAAGAGGGUUCUACGUCAAGAUGAGGCUAAACGGGAAGCAAAACCAGCUGCUGGAGAAGAAGAAUCCUUAUUUCAGAUUCUACAAAUGGAUCCUCUGGCUCUCCCUUUCUCUCUAUUUCCUCACCUCCUUCUUCAUUAGCCACAAGCCCAUCCCUCUUUCCAAAACCCACUUCUCCAAAUCGCCUUCCACCGUCGCUUCCCGUGCCCUCUUCGAGUCUUCCUCCUCUGCCUCCACCAAUUCGUCGUCUUUACCGCCCAAGAAGAAGAAACAGAGCCGGAGACAUUUGUUGAAAGAUUUGAAGAUAUUCGUCUACGAUUUGCCUCCGAAAUACAACUCCGAUUGGCUCGCCAACGAGCGGUGCAGCAACCAUUUAUUCGCCUCCGAGGUAGCCAUUCACAGGGCGAUUGCCAACGACGACGAUGUCAGGACCUACGACCCGUACGAGGCCGAUUUCUUCUUCGUCCCUGUUUACGUCGCCUGCAAUUUCAGCACCGUCAAUGGCUUUCCGGCGAUUGGUCACGCCAGGACCUUAAUUUCCUCGGCGAUUCAGCUCAUCUCCACGAGCUACCCGUUUUGGAACCGCUCCCAGGGUGCUGAUCACGUCUUCGUCGCCUCCCACGAUUUUGGCUCCUGCUUCCACACAUUGGAAGACAGAGCAAUUGAAGAUGGAGUUCCAGAGUUCAUGAAACGGUCGAUUGUAUUGCAGACAUUCGGGGUAAAACAUCGCCAUCCAUGCCAGGAAGUUGAGAAUGUCGUCAUUCCGCCUUACGUCUCGCCGGCGAGCGUACAGCGGACGCUGGAGAAAGCACCGGUGAACGGUCGGCGAGACAUUUGGGCGUUCUUCCGUGGGAAAAUGGAAGUCAAUCCGAAAAAUGUCAGCGGCCGAUAUUACAGCAAGAAGGUGAGGACGGUGAUAUGGCGAAAAUUCAGCGGCGACCGGAGGUUCUACCUCCAGAGGCAGAGAUUCGCCGGAUACCAGUCAGAGAUCGUCCGGUCAACGUUCUGUCUCUGCCCGCUCGGGUGGGCCCCAUGGAGCCCGCGCCUGGUCGAGUCCGUCGCGCUGGGCUGCGUCCCCGUGAUAAUCGCCGACGGGAUCCGCCUCCCCUUCCCGGCGGCCGUCCCGUGGCCGGAGAUAUCGCUCACGGUGGCGGAGAGCGACGUUGGGAAGCUGGGGAAGAUCCUGGACCACGUGGCGGCGACCAACUUGUCAACCAUCCAGCGGAACCUGUGGGACCCGGAGGUGAGGAGGGCCCUGCUGUUCAACGAGGAGAUCCAGGAAGGCGACGCCACGUGGCAGGUGCUUUACGCGCUGGCGAGGAAGCUGGACCGGUCGCGUCGGACUGUGAGGGUUUCCGACCAAUGAACGAGGAGGGGGGGGGAUGGUGCUGACGUGGAUGACAAUUCAAUUCCUUGGAGUGGGAGACCAGUGACAGGCUGGCAUGGCUUGUCUUUUCCCUCUCGGCUCUGCUUUUUCCUAACGUGGACAGAUAGAUAUGCAGCAGCUUUGCAUGUAAUGUAGAGAUAGAGAAGAACAGAACAAUAAUGGAUGACAGCUAAGCUCUGGAUUCAAGGCAGGCUGGCGUUUUGUUUUACCGCCUCCGGCGGGGAGUUGGGUCAGUCGCCGGAGCGGAGAGGACGAUGAGUUAUUGAUUAUUGCCCUCGUGGGGAGGAUGUGGGGGCCCAUAUCACGGGUUGGGACUUGGGGAUAUUUUUUUUUGUGGUGACGGUAACUUUGUUUUGUAUUCGCGGUAAAUACAGAAUGGGGACGAAUUGCUUUGUGCAGGCUAUAGUAGAAACUAGAAAGGACAUCUCCCCUUUUGGAUGAGUUAGUAAGGACGUUUUGGAUUAUGGGUUGGGGAAACAUAAUGGGAGAUUGUAAAAAAGAAACCCAGAUUAACAGAGCUUUGUAUAUAUGGUAAAUUGGGUUGAUGCAUAAAUGCAAAGUUUAGAAGAGUGGGAGCCUUUUGCAUUCUUCUUUCUUUACAAGGUUAGUUUCGAACGAGAAGGACAACAAAGAGUCGAUUUGCACGGCCUAUCUUUGGUUGAAUGUGAUAUAGUGUUCCUGUUCUGCACUUUUGAAGAGAAAAUAUCGGUUUCAUGCUCUUGGAUUGAGCAAAUGAGACUCAAAUCAUCCAAC